CCCCCGGGAGCGCUCACGUUCCGGCGAAAACGACCUCUCUGUUUUUGUUGCUAAUCAUUGUUAAUCAUUAACCGCCCAUUAGAAUAACACGGUUGAGUCCCGCCGGGUCCCCGCUAUCCCCGGGGGCCGCGGCCGAGCCCCCUCCCCCCGGCCGGGCCCCGCUCCCGCGGGCUGUGCCGGGAUGGGGAGCGGGGAGGGGGAUGCACGGAGCCCGCGGGGCCCCGGGCCUGCCCGCGAGGGCAUCCGCGGGGCGCGGAGCCUUUUGUUAUGCUAAUCCGAGCUGACAUCACUCCGCAUAUCAAAGCAGAGGGGGCCGCAUAUAAGGCGGCUCCGGGGGCCUCCCCGCCAGAGCGGCCCCGGUCCCCGCGCAGCCCCGUCCGGGCGGAGGUAAGCGGGGACCGCAGGGGUGUGCGAGCCACUGUCGGGAGAGGUGGGAAGGGGACAGCGGCUCGGUGGAGCCCCUCGAAACGCCGAAGGUUGUUCAUCUCCAAGAACGAACAAUACCCAAACUGAAGGAAAAAUACAUUGCACAAAAUAUUAAGAAAACUCCUUUUUUAAAAAAAAAAUUCUUUGGAGAAGCUGAUUUCCUUUGGCUGGCAGGAGAAAGUGGAGAAAAUGAAGCCUAGUCUGCGAUUUUUCUUAGCUGGUUUUCUGUUGUUGAUUCUGCAGACAGGGCUUUGCUACGGGAUAAAAUGGAUAGCUCUGUCCAAGACUUCUUUGGCUUUGGCCCUGAAUCAAACCCAGCACUGCAAGCAGCUUGAAGGCCUGGUGGUUUCUCAGGUGCAGCUGUGCCGCAGCAACCUGGAGCUAAUGCAGACCAUUAUUCAGGCAGCGCGGGAAGUGAUAAAGACCUGCCGUAAAACUUUUUCAGACAUGCGGUGGAACUGCUCUUCAAUAGAGCUGGCUCCUAACUACCUGCUGGACUUAGACAGAGGCACAAGGGAGUCAGCAUUUGUAUAUGCCCUCUCUGCUGCUGCCAUCAGCCACACCAUUGCCAGAGCCUGCACCACCGGGGACCUCCCUGGCUGUUCCUGUGGUCCCAUCCCAGGUGAGACACCUGGACCUGGGUAUCGAUGGGGAGGAUGUGCAGACAACCUCAACUAUGGUCUUAUCAUGGGGUCCAAAUUUUCAGAUGCUCCCAUGAAGAUGAAAAAAUCAGGAUCACAAGCCAAUAAACUGAUGCAUCUGCACAACAGUGAAGUAGGGAGACAGGUCUUGAAAGCCUCUCUUGAAAUGAAAUGUAAGUGCCAUGGAGUUUCUGGGUCAUGCUCUAUCAAGACCUGUUGGAAAGGCCUUCAAGAACUGCGAGACAUUGCAUUGGACCUCAAAACCAAAUAUUUAUCUGCCACCAAGGUUGUUCACCGGCCCAUGGGCACACGCAAAUACCUUGUGCCAAAGGAUAUUGAUAUCAGGCCAGUUAAAGAGACAGAGCUGAUUUACCUGCAGAGCUCACCUGAUUUCUGCAUGAAGAAUGAAAAAGUGGGGUCACAUGGGACCCAGGACAGGAGUGGAUGGAGGGAAAGAGAGAAUCCCAGGUCCCAGUACAGCAGACAAUGCAACAAGACUUCCAAUGGGAGUGACAGCUGCGACUUGAUGUGCUGUGGCAGAGGCUACAACCCCUACAUGGACAAAGUGGUGGAGCGUUGCCACUGCAAAUAUCACUGGUGCUGCUACGUGACCUGUAAAAAGUGCGAGAGGACUGUCGAGAGAUAUGUGUGCAAAUGAAAACUCUCCUCUGCGCACCUGGGAGCUACGACAGCAGCGGCACCCCAGUGCUAUUCAGAGAAAACUUUUCCUCAACUAGACAUCGUUUAUCUUGUAAAGACACAGACUUGAGGAGAGAUGGUAGGAAGAAAAGCAACAAUCACACCAGUAAAAAUGAGAACAUAUAAAAACCUCCCAAAAAGCAACAAACUCACAAAUGUUUCUCCUCACCAAUAAAAUACUCUCUGAGAAGACAAAA